UUCAACAAACCGAAAUGUCAAGUUUGGUGGGUUGAUAGAUCAGCUGGCUGUCAUGGUGCUUUAUAUGGAGUUUCCAUGGAUUUACGUAAGGAAGAAAACUGGAUAAAGCCAAAGACUCUUCAGAUAAACAGCGUUUGUUGGAACCACGCGAGUUUUUUUUUAAAGGUUAUCUCAAAUAGACAACGUUAGCUCUUAUGCUAGCUGCCCAAAUAAUUCCCAAGUCGGUCAGCUGACUCAUAAGGCAGAUAGGAAAGUUUGAAAUGUUUCAGUGAUAAAUGUUGCAGCAGUGAAGUGAAGUGUUGUAGGUUGUACAACGUUUAGGACUUAACUUCAUCCAUAAAGCACGCUGUCGAAACGGUAUAUAUCUUCCUAGCUGUGAAAUAUGACUUGUUUACUUGGUUGCAUAACUGGUGAGGACUAGACUUAUCUGUAAGUAAUAAUCUGCUAAUCGCCUUGCUAUAGUUAAGACUCUAUUGUUGAAUUAAAUAAUUCAACAGAGGCAUUUAAGCGUUGUGCCGCUCCCACUUAUAUUCCUCAGGAAGUCAUUUUAUGACUUGGAUAUAUUGUUUUAUAGCUCACCAGUUGCUCUAUACGUAGAGUAAAAAAAUAACCACCGAUGUGUGAUUAUUCAAAGGAUAUCCGAUCUAAAUCAGAAACUAUGUGGCUUCAGCAGAGACUAAAGGGGCUCCCUGGUUUGCUCUCAAGUAGCUGGGCCAGGCGAGUCUUGGUUGUUCUGCUUAUUUUCCUUAUAUUUUACUGGUACCUGAGCGCUGACACCAUUUUCAAGCUCCCCAAGAUAUUCGGGGAGGCCGGAGGAGCCGCCGGAGUCUGCUUACAGACUGAUAUCAACAGAUGGACGGCGCAGGUCGAGCGUGGCGAGGGCGUCAUGAGCACGCCACAGAUAAAAGUCUCAGUACCGUUCGUGACAGGUAACGGACACCUACUGGUGGAUGUGGAUUCUAACAAACUCUGGGUGACGUCGUCGUCUCAGCCGGGUUUUGCCCCGGUCCACCAGACUGAAUAUUCUCCCAUAGUGCGAUGGAAGGUUUCUGGAAAGCAGUCUGAGGCGCAGGCUAAGAUGCUGUGGUACAGGAAAGGCUCAGUACUCUCUUCUCGGUGCAUCCUGCUCGAUACGUUCCAGUCCCCUCGUGAUUGCGUGAUCAUUCGAGAGGAACACAUCGCACACCGGAGCCGACCCAAUGUCUACAUUCAGCGGGUUCAUAUAAACAACCCAACGGAUAAAGUGAUAUCAGUCGAGGCUUCUGUGGAAUCACCGUCGUUUAGGGGCGUCACGGAGAAGGUGGAGGAUAAGGAGUUUAUGUUGUCCACUGGAAAAGUUCUAACAGAAAAGAAGGAAACGGUGUUGAUGGCUGUUGGGACGAAGCGACUAACUGUACACUUUCAGGUCCCUGCGAAAUCUGAACAUACCGAAAACAUAGUGAAUGUAAUUCACACAUCGGAGCCUGUUGAGCCCUCUAAGACGGACGAGACCUUCAGCAAGCUUCGAGAGGAUGCCAAAAGAGAGAUGGUGGACUUGCUACGAGCCAAAUUGGAAGAUUUGGUGCAGGAGCACCAGCAGGCAUGGGCGGAUCUUUUCCUAUCUGGUAUAGAGAUUAGGAAAAUCACAGAUACACACACACCGUCGAGCCAGACGGUGAACACGACGCUGUACUACAUCCUGUCCUCCUCCACAGCACCUUUGCUAGAGAGUACUCUCAGCGUAGAGGAACGUGAUAAGCUUGAGUCAAGCCUGAACUACGCCGAUCACUGCUUCAGCGGCCAUGCCACCAUGCACGCCGAGAACCUGUGGCCCGAGCGCCUGAGAACCACCGCUUCACUCCUGCAACUAGUUAAUCUCUGGACAUUAACCCUCCAAAAACGUGCCUGCAAGGCUCUGGUUUCAGCGGGUGCUCAUGGCAUGAUGCAAGCCAUGACGCUCAGUUUUGGUGGCCUCCAAUUCACAGAGAACCACCUGCAGUUCCAGGCCGAGCCGAGCGUCCUGCAUAAUAGCUACUCGCUGCGUGGCUUGCGCUAUCACCGUGACCGAAUCAGCCUCUCUGUGGUGGCCGACUCGGAGGGCCGGCCCUCGCUGCACGUCUCUGUAAAACCGCAGGAUGAAGAGAAGCCUGUGAAGCUGUACGCCUGCGAAGCGGGGUGCAUCAACGAACCUGUGGAGCUCACAUCUGAGCCUAGAGGUCACGUUUUCCCCGUUUUAGUGACACAGCCCCUGACACCGCUGCUCUACAUCUCGACGGACCUGCAGCACCUGCAGGACCUAAGGCACACUCUGCAUGUCAAGGCCAUCUUAGCGCACGACGAGCACAUGGCCAAGCAGGACCCAGGUCUCCCCUUCCUCUUCUGGUUCAGUGUAGCAUCCCUGGUUGCCCUCUUCCAUCUCUUCCUCUUCAAGCUCAUUUACAACGAGUACUGCGGCCCCGGCGCCAAGCCGCUCUUCAGGAGCAAGUAUGAUGGUGAACUCUGACCCCCAUCAGGUAACAUUUCUUCAGCGGAUCUUUAAGAUGAAGCCUUUCCCGGAGUCCUGAGGACAGCGAGUCAAAUUCUCAUAGUCGCUUCAUUCGACAACUCAGUGAAUUUACGAUGGAAUCACUUAAUAAAUAGUAUUAUUAUUUACUUAAUUUAGUCAUAAAAAUAAAUUUUGGUGAUAUAAAGCUGGCAUUAAUAUAUUUGGAAUAAAUAAUUCAGUAUGCAGACAAUGUGAAUUGAAGAAUAAUCAUACAACAAAAAUGUUUUAUAUUUUAUAGAGGGGGACUGUUAAUAGUUUUAGUUGUUUAAUAUAGUCUCCUGUCUGCAAUUUCAUACCAUUCGGGAUUAGAUUUGUAUAUAAGUAUGUAGUUGAACACAGGGCUUACUGUUCCACCUUUUUAAAAAUAGCUUAAUUUGUAUGAAAUCAAGUGAUGGCAAAUCAUACUUCCCAUUCCUUAUUUGGGGCGAUAUAAAUGUUCUUACUCCUACAUUGUGUUUAUGAUUUUUAAAAUUUUUUUUAUUCAAGGUGAUUUAUAAAUCCGCGACCCUGAAUACAGGAUAAAGCGGUAUAGAAGAUGAGUGGGUGAGUGGGUGAGUGAUUUAUAAAUGAAGCAGAAGAUAAAGUUAAAAGAGCUGCCACAAAACUAAUUAUCUAACUAGAGACUACACUGUAAAAGAAUGAACAGACAGGACAGUAACUACAUGUUAAGAGUUGUAGUAAAUCUCCUAAAUCAAGAUAGAUUAAGUUAGAUUCUGUAAUCCAGCGUUAACUCAUUGUGGCACUAAUCACUGACAUAACACCAUGUAUUUCUCUGGGAUAUGUACAUUUUAAAGAAUGUUUUAAAUCUAGGUUUAGUUUAAAGUAGGUCAUGCUGUUGGGAAUGUAAAUGCAUGCAAAAAUGUAGGCUGACAACAUUCAGGUAAAGUAAUGUGGAUUUUUUAUGCAAAUAAGCUUAGUAAAUCGGCUGCAUGGCUUGUGCACACUGAACAAAUUCUUACAAAUGAAGCCAGGUGAAAGAAAAGACUAAGUUGUGGGUGGGGAGGGAUUUGUUUAUAUGAUAAUUAUUUUAUGCAACACUGGAUGUUUUGUUUUGUUGACAUUUUGUUUUGUAGGAAUAAAGCUUUUUUCAUGUUUCAA